GUCCAGAGGCGUAUGGGUGGAGAGACUCUCAGAUAUGUGUGUGUGUUCAGAUCCAGAGCUCACAGCGGCGUGGAGAAGAUGUUUACCAGCGCUGGACUUGGUUCCCGAAGCCAUUCUGAGUGUCUGAACGCAUGCAGACGGAGAGAAGAACGACAGAAGUGAAGAAAACAAACAUGGAGAGCAGAAGACCGAGGAGCACAGGGAGAGAGAGGAUGGAGGCACGCUUCUAGCUGAAUUGUGAGAUGGAUCUGCUGUGCAGCUGCAGGACGAGGACGAGGACGAGUGUGUGUCGUCUGUGUCUGCUGCUGUCUCUGCUCUGUGUCUGCGCUCACGUCUACAUGCAGCUCCAGGCUCCACGGAAACACAGCCAGCAUCAUCACCGGAGCGUCGCCACGGCAACAGAUGCUGCAGCGGAUGCUGGAUCCACCUGCUGCUCAGCGCUGCAUCAUCACAGACGGAGAGUUUCCAGAUGGAAGAUCAGGCUGGAGCCGUGGGCCGCAGGAACUGGAGGUUUUCAGGAGGAAGCGGAUCGGUUCCUCAGAUACAUCUCCACUCCGCAGCUGUCCUGCCAGAGACCCGCGUCUGUGCCGCCCGUGUUUGACGCAGUGCAUCAUGGGUCGUGGCUGCUGUGUUUGGAUCACAGGUUCAGUCUGGUGCAGCGCAUCGUGUCCAAACACUGUCGCGUCUACUCGCUCAGGCUGGGAGCAGAGGAUGAUUCUCUGGAGCGUGUGUUGGCCGGCUCCGGCUGUGAGGUUCACUGUUUUGACCCCAGCAUCAGUCGAGCUCAUCUGCAGGAGGGUAACAUGUGGCUCCAUCGCCUCUCAGUGGACUGGAGGGACCCGAACCCCGCCGUCCCCGUCCAGAGACUCCACAGCGGCUCCAAGAAGCUCUCCGCCAUCCUCAGCCACUUCGGACACAGACGGGUGGACGUCCUGAAGGUGGAUCUGGAAAGCGCGGAGUGGAAGAUCCUGGAGAACCUGAUCCUGGAGCAGGUGCUGGACUCGGUCGGUCUGCUGCUGCUGGAGCUGCACCUGCAGUGGGCGGGGUUUGAGGUGGGCGGGGACGAGCCCUCGGUGGUCCGCUAUUAGUUCAGUCUGCUGAAGGAGCUGGAGCGCGCUCACUUCCGCCUCUACCACAGCUACAGCGACCCGAGCAAGCCCCGCCUCUUCCUGCACAGAAACCUCCGGAACACCAGCAGCUCCUUCACCCUGGGCUGGGUCAACACCCGCUUCACGCUCUGAGGAUACCGUCAGGACAUCUGUGACCCGGAGCACUAAACCAGUCAGAAGGGUCGCUUUUCCGAAACUGAGGUUCAUGCAUCAUCUGAAGCUGAAUAAAUCAUCUCUCCAGUGAUGUGUGGUUUGUGAGGAGGACAAUAUCUGUCUGAGACGCAACUAUCUGUAAAUCUGGAAACUGAGGGAGCAAAAACAUCUAAAUAUUGAGAAAAUCAUCUUUAAAGUUGUUCAGAUGAAGUUCUUAGCAAUGCAUAUUACUAAUCAAACAUUAAGUUUUAUAUAUUUAUGGUAGGACAUUUACUAAAUAUCUUCAUGAACAUGAUCUUAUCUUAAUAUCCUAAUGAUUUUUGAUAUAAAAGAGAAAUGUAUCAUUUUGACUCAUACAAUGUUUUGUCUAUUGCUACAAAUAUAACAGAGAGAGUCAAGACUGAUUUUUAUUUGUAAUAAUUUUGGCCACCACUUUAUAUAUUAUUAAGAGAGAUCUUUUUGUGAAAAGAGCAUGCAUUUGAGACGGACUGCAGUUGAAUUAAAAUGACUAGUUUUAUUUUAAGUACAGAUUAAAAUGUAUGAAUGAAAUAUUAUGCUUUAUAAAAACGGGUUGAAUUGAGAUCAAUUCAGGCCACUUUAUAAUUAUAAGAAGAUUAAUUCUCUCAGCAUUGUGUGCAAAUACAGUGUGUAUAAAAUAUAUUUGUCAC